AAAGAAACGGUUCUCCCCUGGUUGGGCUGGAAUGACAUCUUCAUCGUCAACAUCAUCAUAGCGAUCAACGAAGUCUUAUUCCUCCUUUGUCUCUUGUGACCCCAACUUCCCUGAUCAUCAUGACAACUUGGACUCCCUCUCCCGGCUAUGAUCCGCGCUCAGAGCUACUUCCGAACAUCUUUGACCACUAUGCCCAGUUCAAGCCGGAUGCCAUCUAUGCAGAAUACCCGGUGAAUCCCAUGACUUAUGAGGAAGGCUACAGGCCAAUCACCUACAAAGCUUUGGCCAACGCUAUCAAUGGUGUCGCUGGCUGGCUGACGAAGACCCUGGGCCCUGGAACAGGAGAAACUCUGGCGUACCUUGGACCGAAUGACUUGCGAUAUCCGGCAUUGGUCUUGGGAGCAGUCAAGGCUGGAUACUGUAUGUUUCUUACCUCGCCACGCAACAGUACAGUGGCCCACCAGUCGCUAUUAACCAAACUGAAGUGCAGGACGCUGCUGGCUCCCUCACCACGGCCGCCAUUCAUCGCGGUAGUUGUCGAGGCCCACCCAGGGAAGGUCGUUGAUGUCCCUAGUGUGGCGCCUAUCAUCUGGACCCAUGACAGCGCUGUCAAGCACAUGCACAUGCAACGACUCGAUAUACCCGCUGGCUGCGAAGGCCAGGACAGCUGGGGGUUCGGCAAGCGCAUGUAUCUCUCUCUGCCUCCCUUCCAUGCCGCUGGACUAGGACACAUCCUUUUCAUUACCAUGCCCGUUGAUAUCACCUUGAUAAUGCCUACUGCUGCCGGCCUUCCCAGCGCGACCGGUUUGGUAGCCGCGAAGAAGCACACCCCAUUUGACUGGGCGAUUAUUGUACCGUCAAUCGUACUGGAAUUGUCCCAAUCGUCUGAUCUGUUGGAGUACUGUGGCAACCAUCUGGAGUACAUGAUGUAUUGUGGCGGAGAUCUGCCCCAGCCUGUUGGGGACAUAGUAGCCCGCAAGCUGAGAAUUGUGAACAGCUAUGGCGCUUCCGAGCUGGGGAUUCUGAAUGUGAUCCACGCCACGGGUAAAUGGGAUCCUCUCAAAGACUGGCGCUAUCUUCACUUUCAUCCACAGCUGGGCGUUGAAUUCCGGCAUGUGUCUGGGGACAAGUAUGAGGCGGUCAUGGUGCGCACUCCAGAGCGCGAGGGUCACCAAUUUCCCUUUUCAAUUUCCCCCGACCGUCAGCAAUAUCAUACCAACGACCUGAUGCUGCGCCACCCGGAUCCGGCCAGCUCAGACCUCUGGCGGCCAUCUUCAAGGUUAGAUGAUGUGAUUGUUUUCCUCAAUGGCGAUAAGACAAAUCCCGUCUCGAUGGAGGGACACAUACUUGUUUCUCAUACUGAGCUGACAGGGGCUCUGGUUGCGGGCGCACAACUCUUUCAAGCCGCUCUCAUCGUUGAACUGGGCCGCUCAGAAGUAGGACUGAGCACGAGCGACCGGGCCGCUGCCAUUGAAAGACUCUGGCCCAGCAUACAGCAGGCAAACGAGGAGUGUCCAGCCCAUACCCGUAUCGCCAAGAGACACAUUCUUUUCACCACUCCGGAGAAGCCCAUGCUGCGUGCCGGAAAGGGCACCGUACAACGCGCAGGUACUUUGGCAACGUACGCAGCAGAGCUCAACGCCCUCUACGCGGACGCCGAGAAGCUUGCCCAGCAUGACGCUGGCAAAAUACACGGUCCCGGGGCCGUGGAAGAUGUCGUCAAGGUUGCUGCGUUCAUCCGCGCUGCAGAAGUGUCCGACACAGAAAUUUGGUUCACUCUAGGGAUGGACUCGUUGCAGGCAAUAACGAUGACGCGUGUGCUUAAGCAAGGUCUCAAUCUACCAACUCUCACACCUAACGUGAUAUAUUUGCACCCCUCGAUAACGGAGCUUACCCAAGCAGUUCAACAGCUGGACAUGCAGAGUAAACAGUCUACAGAAGUUCAACAACAUGGUCUCCUUCAAGAGCGGGGCGAACUGCUGGAGCUAUAUACCAGUCAAAUCGAACAGCUCAGUCCUGCCGCCAUUUACUCUGCCAACACCACAAGCCCCGCAAAGCACACUGUGAUCCUUACCGGCUCCACUGGCCAGCUAGGAACUUAUAUACUGGAUGCGCUCCUGAGAGACCCCUCUGUGCCGCACGUCCACUGCCUGAACCGAGGCGAUGAUGCACAUGAGAGACAGCAAAACCGCAUCAAGGAGUAUGGCCUCACCCCACAGGCUGAGAACGAAGGACGUUUAAGCUUCUGGACCGCGGACCUAAGCCAGGACGGCGAUCUGGGUCUCGAGCCCAAUGUCUACACCCAGUUGCAGCAAACCGCCACCCUAAUUAUCCACAACGCCUGGACCGUGAACUUCAACCUCCCCCUAGCAACCUGCAAACCCCACAUGCAGGGCGUGGUAAAUCUGAUCAACUUCGCGACCCGCAGCCCACAAUCUCCCCAUCUAUUCUUCCUGUCAUCCAUCAGCUCGGUCAUGGGCCAUCGUAACAGCGAGUCUGGCCUGAUACCAGAAACCGUCCUUUCCACCACCACUCCUGCCCCGAAUGGCUACGCUAACAGUGAAUACAUUGCCGAACAUCUGCUUGAUUACGCUGCGAAGCAGCAGGAAGUGCAACAAAAUAGCCCCGAACAAGCACGAGCUGCCCCAUCCUUCUCCUUCGCUCGAGUGGGCCAAGUCGCAGGCGCUGUGCGAUCUCCCGGCCUCUGGAAUCGCGCCGAGUGGUUCCCAAGUCUUGUUCAGAGCUCACGACACCUUCAAGCUCUCCCCGAUACCCUGGGUCUGAUGGACCGGGUUGACUGGGUACCUGUUGAUCUUCUAGCCGAAGUACUGGUUGAGCUAGCUCUUGUCGGUGCUGCCGAUAAUCAUGGCUGCUCCUCGGCUACCGGUUCGCCGCCGGCGGUCCAAGUUUAUCAUCCCGUCAACCUCCAACCCCAAUCCUGGGAUUUGAUACGGCCCGUCGUGGCCGACGCGCUUUUCAUCAAGAACAGAGACAGCACCGGAAAGACGAUUGAGACCAUCCCAUUGCGCGAGUGGGUGCAGAGUGUCCGGCAUGACAUCGAGGCAGCCAGUUCCCGCUUCUCGGCGGAUGCUGAGAAUGAGAACUUGGAUUUCUUUCAAGAUUUAGAGACGGAGCAGACUCAACUAAUUGUCUUUGAGUCGCUGCACACUGCAAAGAUGAGUAAGAAGUUACACGAGGUGGAGGGGGUACGGCCUGAGUGGCUGAGGAAGUGGAUUGCGGAAUGGUUGGCGUAG